UGGAAAGGUCCUCUCCUACUCCUGCCUUCCCAACAGAGGGGUGGGGUCCUGGGCUGGACAAAGACAAAGCCAUCUGUCUGUGUGAGAAAGUACCAGCAUCCCCACUUGCCCUGGGGACGAAGGACUCUGUUCAUGUAGGCCCAGCGCUGUGUCAGGUGGACAGUACCUGUCCCCUGGCCACUGAUGGGGCAAGUGGCUCCUGGCAGGGGGUCUGCAGGCAGAUCCCCUCCUCUCCAGGGGCUCUGGGGAGCUGUGAGUGUAGGAGGGGCCCUGGGGACCAUGCAGCCUGGGUGGCAUAUUUGAGGGGCAUCCUGCUGUCACCCCCACCCUGAACUCUUCCCACUCUAGGGGUCCCCCUCCAAUAUCAGUUGCAGCGGGGAGGAGCUCUGUAUCCUUUAACUGUGGCCCACACCACAGCCAUUUGCCGGCUGGGGGUCAGCUGCUGUGUACAGAGCUGGCAUCUGAGGGAAGACGCAGGUGAUGGUUUGAAGUGACACUCGCCUUGCUUGGGGUUUCAUCCGUUCAGCACUCAUUCGUCGCUGAGUGCCUGGAGUAUGCUGGGUACAUGGGCCACAGAGGUCAGUGAGCCACAGCCCCUGCCCUGAAGAGGGGUGGAAACCAGCACGUAUUCAGUGCUGGGUACUGCCUGCUGGGCACUGAAUCAUGCCCAUGACUGUGGAUAAGUGGUACAGCCACCGAGCAGGGUAGAGACCGUCCUCAUUUUUUUCUGAGGAGAAAGCAGGCCCACAGGAUUCAAGCCUGGGUCAGCUGCCCACCGGGGGUCUAUGUAGGGACAGUGGAUGGAGCCACAGAAUUCAACUCCAGAACAGCAUUUGUUCUGUGCCCUGGAGGUCUUGGUGUACUUGUUAGGCUCCCUCACCGGACAGUGGCCCUGGGGGAGGGGGCAGUGACCUUGUUUGAGAUACAAAAGUAUCUUUGGCAGUUAGUGUAGGGCUUGGCUAGAUUAGGCCUGCGUUUGACAGCACAUGAAAUGCCCUGGGUGGGAAUGAAUGAAUGAAUGAAUGGAUGAGUCUAGUGGGUACCAGGGGUAAAGGCCUCACAGAGGAGGGACAUCUGCACCAGACAGGAGCGCAGCUAGGGGUUAGCCAGGAGCUGGAGGGGGCACAGCGUCCUCUAGCAAAUCUUGUGGCCCAGUGGCCCGCAGCAUGCUUGCAGUACUUGAUCAGCGGAUGUUAGCCUCUGACUGGCAUGUAAUUGGCAUGUGUCGGGAGGGGCCCGGCUUACCAGCAGGUUCUCUGUGUCAUGCACACAAUGGGUACUUUUAAUGGGUGUUCGUUAAAAGAAUAAAUGAGAUCUGCCCACAGCUUCUCCCGCAUGGGACUACCGGAGCCCCUAGAACCUCUUUGGGAGUCUGGUAGGGCCCUUUCUCAAUCCAGGUCUGUCUUUUGGGAGAAGGUGCUUUUUCGGGAUGCUGCAGGUGGCAGGCCAGGCCUGAGAAGGCUGUGGUGAGGACACAUGCUUUAUAAGGACACCCCCACCCCCAACAAGGCUAACUCUUCAGACCUGUAAAGUGGGAUUAGGACCUCCCCCAGCCCCAGGUGGAUGUGUUUCACAGUUCAGGGCGUAGAGACCAAGUGGGCUCAGCCAAGAGCAAUGGAGAGGGCCCGGCUGUGGGAGCAGCUGGCCAGGAGAAAUGGGGCACAGGCCCUCGGUGCAGGUGGGGGCCGGGAGCCACGUGUGUGAGUGGAGGAGCCAGGCUGCUGAGAGUCAGCUGCUGCAGGCCUGAGCCAAUCUUGCUGCCCUCUGGAGCCGCCUGGCUGGCAGCAGCUUUCUGGGAAGUAAGAAGGAGCCCCGCCAGGCCCGGUGGGGAGGUCCCAAGGCUUUGUCAGAUUUGGCUGUGCCUGGGAGUGACCGGGGACAGAGGGUCUUGCCAGUACCCGCGGAAGGACCAGGUGGCAGGGGUACAAGAGCAGAUUCCUGGUGAGCCUUGGGGGUUGGGGAGCGGGAGCUCCGGCCCCUCUCCCUCCUGCCCAUCUGCUGCUCCAGCAGGCCUAGGCCUCUCUGCAAGGCUGAGACUCUGCAGGGUGGUGAUCAUGAACUGUGAGAUUCUAGAAAGGCACAGCCGGAAGGCGUCCUCCAGGGAGCCUGGAGGCCAAUAGAUGUGCUUGUGAAGUCAGCCUCUGGGGCCCAGCCCUUUCACAAGUGCUGCCUGGGGCUUAGCCUCCCCUCCAGGUAAGCCUGAGAACUUGGAAGGGCCAGGGGCAAGAGGGUCUGGGCUGUGGGGUGCCAUGCCCGGCGCUUCUAAACAUCUUUAUCCUAGGCAGUGCUCACUGGCAGCCUUAACCAGAAGUGACUGCUCCGCAGAGGAGGAAGCGGGCUCCUGGGGGGAGGUGGGCUGCCCAAGUCCACCCCACUCACCUAUUUUAUGGGUGGUGAGACGGAGUCGCCCUGUUGUAGAACCUAUGCUGGUGGGCAGUGGCUUACUGAGGGCACCACAGGUCUCUCCUGCGUGUAAAAACACCCACGAGCUUCCAGAGCUGGACAGACUUCGGCUUUUCCUCGGCCUACCCUUUCGUCCGCCGUUCAACAUUCCCAGAGCACUCUGUGUCAUCUUAGGGCUUCCUGAGACCAGGUCGGACGCAGCCAUGUCAGAGCUGGUGCCCGAGCCCAGGCCUAAGCCGGCAGUGCCCAUGAAGCCCGUCAGCAUCAACUCCAACCUGCUGGGCUACGUCGGCAUCGACACCAUCAUCGAGCAGAUGCGCAAGAAGACCAUGAAGACUGGUUUUGACUUCAACAUCAUGGUCGUGGGCCAGAGUGGAUUGGGCAAGUCAACAUUGGUCAACACUCUCUUCAAAUCCCAAGUGAGCCGGAAGGCCGCAAGCUGGAACCGGGAGGAGAAGAUCCCCAAGACGGUGGAGAUCAAAGCCAUUGGGCAUGUGAUUGAGGAAGGUGGCGUCAAAAUGAAGCUGACCGUCAUUGACACCCCGGGCUUUGGAGACCAGAUCAACAAUGAAAACUGCUGGGAGCCCAUCGAGAAGUACAUCAAUGAGCAGUACGAGAAGUUCUUGAAGGAGGAGGUGAACAUCGCCAGAAAGAAGCGCAUCCCUGACACACGCGUCCACUGCUGCCUCUACUUCAUCUCUCCGACUGGACACUCCUUGCGACCCCUGGACCUCGAGUUCAUGAAGCACCUCAGCAAGGUGGUGAACAUCAUCCCCGUCAUCGCCAAGGCUGACACCAUGACCCUGGAGGAGAAGUCCGAAUUCAAGCAGAGGGUCCGCAAGGAGCUUGAAGUAAAUGGUAUUGAAUUCUACCCCCAAAAGGAGUUUGAUGAGGACCUGGAGGACAAGACCGAGAACGACAAAAUCAGGCAGGAGAGCAUGCCUUUUGCUGUGGUGGGAAGUGACAAGGAGUACCAAGUGAACGGCAAGAGGGUCCUCGGCAGGAAAACCCCCUGGGGGAUCAUCGAAGUGGAAAACCUCAACCACUGUGAGUUUGCCCUGCUUCGAGACUUUGUCAUCAGGACCCACCUCCAGGACCUCAAGGAAGUGACACACAACAUCCACUAUGAGACUUACAGGGCCAAGCGGCUCAAUGACAACGGAGGCCUCCCUCCGGGAGAAGGCCUCCUGGGCACUGUCCUUCCACCUGUGCCAGCCACCCCCUGCCCCUCUGCUGAAUGAAGGCCAUUUCAAGCUGCUUCUCCCUCCAUUCCUCUCAGCCGAUAUUGCCGCAGGGCCCAGCCCCUUAGUGCUGCGCUGGUCCCGCCCACCCUCCAUAGGUGGGAGGGGCCAGCGGCCUCCUUAGGACAGUUGCUUCCUCCAUUGAGCCAAACCACUCCUCCCCUCCCCGUGGCAAGCUCUCGCCAGCCAGCACCGCCCUGCUCCAUCGCCUGUGUGCGCCAGUCCCAGCCCAUGUGUAGGGAGAAGGAACACACUAAGAGCUGCUUCUGCCCUUGCCGGCCCAUGCCAGCUGCUUGUAACCAUCUCCAAGGGAUGUGGCACUGCUCCCUACCCACUCAUCCGCACGAGCUGCUCUUGGCUUCCUUCAAGGACCGAAAAAGCAACUUUUCUGCUUGCCAGUCAUUGAGGUCAGCCGCCCUCUUUCCCUGUGUGGGACAGAGGUGUCUCUUUCAUCACAUAAAGGUAUACUUAAAAGGGUGGGUCACUGCAGAUGUGGCGGAGCAAGGGUUAGGAUCACUUUUUAAAGAAUCACCAGGGGUGGCUGGUACAUACCCACCCUACCCCACAAUGCAGCCACUUAGCAAGAGCGGUUUUCCCAAGGAGAGAUCACUACAGUUGACUUCCUCCUUAUCCUCAAAUAAGAAAAUGAACUAAACACAUCCAGAUCCCAGAAACUUACAAGCUAUACACUGUAGGAAGAAAAACGGUACCCUCCUGUUCACUCAGCAAUAAGAGGGAUCCUUCCCCACCUACUCCUACUACUCCCGUCUCCCGUCCCUCACCCUGUUAAUGUGAGUAAUGAAUUAGCCUGGCCAUAGGUGGUCACUGUAGGCUAAUGGAAAAUACCCGACAGAGGGCAAAGACCCCACCAGAUGCAUGAAUGUUUGCGAAUGUUGGCUGCCACUGCCCCACACACUCUGUCUUUAUAGAACCCUCCUUUGGCCACCUUACCCCAUCGCCACCUGGACACAACUUGCUCAAAGGCUGGUGACUUGUGGGCCAUUCAUCUAUAGCCAAGACCUG